CUACUUUUUAUUCUUCUUCCUCGCACUCUUCUUUUCUCACGCUCACUUACCCACUCUUUUGUUCCUCCUUCAAAGAACAACAAUGGUCACUCUCACAGAGUCCAGCCCAUUAUUGGUUGCCUCCAAUGCCUCCACUCCCUCUCGUACCACCGCUCCUUCCUCUAUCCAACCCCACCAUGAAACCAGGGGUCUGAUCUACAUGACCCUUUCUGCCCUCUUCUUCUCCUUCAUGGCCCUCCUCGUCUCUCUCACCGCCAAGUCUCUUCCGUCCUUCCAGAUCCUCCUCUUCCGGGGUAUCAUCCAAACCUUCCUCGGUGUCCUUGCCUGUCGUCAUCUCGGGAUCUCUCCUCUCGGCAAUCCCGGUGUCCGCUUCCUUUUGUUCUGUCGAGGUCUUGCCGGAUCCUUUGGAUUGGGGUUCUACUUCUAUGCUCUGAGUGUCAUGCCUCUUGCAGAUGCAACGGUGAUCUUCUAUCUAGCACCAAUGUUCACAGCAAUCCUGGGAAGGAUUGCGCUGAAGGAACCAUUUGGGCCACUUGAUGCAUUAGCGUUAACGGUGUCGAUGGUGGGAGUGGUCCUGGUUGCGAAGCCAUCGGUUUUGUUCCCUCUGCCUGAACACGACGGUGAAGGUGGAUCUGCAGUGAUGAUGAUGCUGCUCCAGAGAGAGUAUGAAAAUGAGGAAGACCAUUGUCGGAUGUUUGGUGCGAUUGCAGCAGUCUGUGGAGCGAUAUGGACUGCGAUUUCAUAUGUACUAGUCCGCAAGAUCGGUCAGCAAGGCGCUCACUCAAUGCAGCAUGUCACCUAUUUCGGCGCUGUCUCUUGUCUCCUCAGCAUCCUUGGCCUUUACACCCUCCAGGAUGGCUACGUCCCCCCACAGAAUACCCACAUGUGGUCCAGUCUCAUUCUGCUAGGUGUCUCCGCCUUUACCGGACAGGUCCUCCUGAACUCUGGCCUGCAAUUAGCUCCGCUAGGUUCCGAACCAUUGAUGCGGAUGAUCGAAAUCAUCUUUGCAUUCCAUUACCAAACCACGAUCCAACACAGGCGCCCAGAUCUCUUCACCGCCCUCGGUGCCUCCUUGAUCAUGCUCUGCACCAUGGGGAUCGCGUUCAACAAAUGGAGGGUCGAGAACAAACAGGAUUAUGAGGAGCAGAGUGUCUCUGCUGAAGAAGGCCUACAUCACCAGCAGCAUCAUCACCAGCAUCAUUACCAACAAGAGCAGAAACAACAAGAAUAUCAAGAACAACAAGAAUGAGAAUAAGAGUCCGGCGGCUCAGCAGUCGUACUACUGCUAAUAGAGCUCAUAUCUAAACCAACACUAUCUCCAUGUAGAGUCUUACACGCUAGACCGUCGUGAGGAAAUAACAGGUCAUUUGCGAUUGAAUGUAUCCAUAAUGCCCAAAACCACUUUGCAACCAUAUAG